AUGAGUCCCUCGGCCGGCUUCCCCUGGCCUGCAGCCCUGGCCAGAAUCUGCGCCGCGCCGCGGGGCCUCCGGCCUCGGGCCAAGCAGGUGCUGCUCGCCCCAGCGGCGGCGGUCCCUGCGGUCCAGGCGGCCGGCAGGAAGGACCGCCCCGCUCUGCCUCCCCUGAAUGAGACGGAUCUUGAAGAGCAGUUUGUGAAAGGGCACGGCCCCGGGGGCCAGGCCACCAACAAAACCAGCAACUGUGUGGUGCUGAAGCACGUCCCCUCGGGCAUCGUCGUCAAGUGCCAUCAGACAAGAUCGGUUGAUCAGAACAGAAAGCUCGCUCGGAAACUCCUACAAGAGAAAGUGGAUAUUUUCUACAAUGGUGAAAACAGUCUUGUUUACAAAGAAAAACAGGAGGCAGAGAGGAAAAAGCAAGAGAGGAAAAAAAGAGCAAAGGAAACCCUAGAAAAAAAGAAGCUCCUGAAAGAACUCUGGGAAUCCAAUAAAAACGUCCACUGAGAAAGAAUCGAAGAUGCUUUUCUGUGGUUGUCUUGUUGUUUUUAAGAUGUUUAC